AUGUCUACUAACGAUAACGCCACCAUUCAAUCUCGGGUACAAUCCGCUUUAAGCCAAGUUGGAUCCUACGGUCAACAAUCUCAAGACCGUGAGAAGUACCGAUUCACUUCCAAAGGUCCAUCCGCGCAAGCUCGUUUCAGGGACAACGAUCUUACUAGAUUGAACGAUUCAACUCAUCUUGAGAAGAUUGUCGAGUAUACUUGGAAUGAUGCGCUGAAAGCUACUGUUUAUGGUAUGAUUGGAAGUACCGUCAAUCCUCUCUCUCCGGGUGGAAGUGAGAUGGUAGAACAUGUACAUCUCAAUAUGGACAAGAUCCGAAGCCUGAUCACUGUAGCUGAGACUCAAGAUUUUAAGGAUACCUUGAAGGGCAAUUUGGAGGGCCAGAUUGUACAGCUACUUGCUUCCUCCGUGUCGGUGAACUACACAGACCAUUUAUUCUCCGAAUUCCAGGUUGCCGACUGUCUCGCUGCCACAGUCCUAGGUUUACUUACCUCCGAGGGAUCGUACGAUGAUAGGAGGGAGAUCUCCAAAGACCUCUGGAAAGACAAUUGCCAGAGGCGGUCGAUCUCAGAUGUGGAACGGUUGCUCAAUCACAGUCUUAAUUCUUUGUUCACUUUCGAUCCAGAAGGAAAGAAAACUCACAAGAUCGUUUCGUCAUUCAGUAUCGAACCGAGCUUAUCACCUGACAAAUUCGAUUCGUUCAUCCAAGAGAGACGGGAAGAAGCCAACAAAGAGAAGAUUAAAGCUGAGUCUAGAGUAGGGAAUCUAGAUAUCUCAGAUUAUUAUGGUUCGUUUUUAGAAGGGGUUCAAAAGAGAAGAGACUCACUCAGAGAAGAAUACUUGACCAGAAAGCGAGCUGAACUCGAGACCGUUGUAUCUGACCAAAGUCAUCUGACAGAAGGAAAUUGGAGGGAGAACGGUGAUUUAACUCCAAUGCUUUAUCCUGUCAAGAUGCAAAAUGGUGAAUUAGCUGUUCAUAAAUUGGAUGAGGAUAAGGCUACCGAGUUCAUCUCAUUGAACCAGCCCCCGGUGGUCCAUCUUUGGGAGUCAAUCGAAGGAGAUAAGUCUCAUAGUGAUAACACAAUUUUCCCCGAUGAAUGUACUGUGAGGGAAAGACUCAAAGCUAUUGGGAUUGACGACCAGCCAAGCGAGUCACAACGAUCUGAAUGGGACGUAUGA